GCUUUCCUCUUCCAAGUAGCUUAGACUAAAGCGGAACCUCCCGCGCCAUUUCGGUGCGUCUGCGUACUGUGACCCUGCGUAGCCCGGGAGGCGGGUCUUAGCUCCAGGGCCCCUUCCCUAGUGGCAUAUGUCCCUUGUCCGGGGCCAUGGAGACAUUGCAGCCACCACGGCGCCGCCUCUCUCUGAAGAAGGGGAAGUGACCUCCGGUCUCCAGGCUCUGGCUGUGGAGGAUACCGGAGGCCCCUCUGCUUCGGCCAAUCAAGCCGAGGAAGAGGGAGAAGGAGGCCGGGAGGAGGCUGAGCAUGAGGGGUCCGGGGCCGAGGAGGUGCAGGGAGAAGCCCCCAGCCUUGAGGGGGAGGAGCGUGCCAAGGGAGAAUCCGAGGACUGGUGCGUGCCCUGCAGCGAUGAAGAGGUGGAGCUGCCCGCAGAUGGGCAGUCCUGGAUGCCACCCCCCUCUGAAAUCCAACGGCUCUAUGAACUGCUGGCUGCCCACGGUACCCUGGAGCUUCAGGCUGAGAUCCUGCCCCGCCGGCCACCCACGCCUGAGGCCCAGAGUGAAGAGGAGAGAUCCGAUGAGGAGCCAGAGGCCAAAGAGGAGGAAGAAGAAAAACCACACAUGCCUACAGAAUUUGACUUUGAUGAUGAGCCAAUGACACCAAAGGACUCCCUGAUUGACCGGAGGCGCACCCCAGGAAGCUCAGCCCGGAGCCAGAAACGGGAGGCCCGCCUGGACAAGGUCCUUUCAGACAUGAAGCGACACAAGAAACUAGAGGAGCAGAUCCUUCGUACCGGCAGGGACCUCUUCAGCCUGGACUCAGAGGACGCCAGCCCUGCCAGCCCCCCACUCCGAUCCUCAGCGGGUAGUCUCUUCCCCCGGCAGCGGAAAUACUGAGGCUGCUGAGUCUGCCUGCUGGGGCCUUGGCCCACCUUCCCUCACCCAGGGCCCACCUUCCCUCACCCAGGGCCUUGGGCAAGAGGAAAGAUGUUCCCAGACUCCCACCACGACACCUUGCCAGAAAGAGGACUGAUGCACGCGCGCGCGCGUGUGUGUGUGUGUGUGUUUAUGUUUUCCCUUGAACAUCUGUUGGGAGACCUGAGCCGAAUUUUCUGAAUUUAAAAUAAAAAAAUUAAAAAAACAA